AUGGUGGCUAUGGGAGCUAAAGUUAUUGCUAGCGGAAUUAUUGUAAUUUGUGGAAUUGUUGUUUGGUUAAGUUUAGGUGUCCAAUCUGAUAAUUUCAAGGAACCUUUUGCCCACAGUAAUUUUUACCCUGGCAGCGUUGCUUUAGCAUUAUUCUCCGGUCUUUUUAGCUAUGAUGGAUGGGAUAUUCUAAAUUAUGGAGCUGAGGAUGUUAAAAAGCCUAGAAGAGUAAUGCCUUUUGCUAUAAUUGUUGGUAUGUCUACUUGCGCAGCACUUUAUAUAACAAUGAAUUUAUCUUAUUUUGUUGUUUUAUCAGUCCCUGAAGUACAAUCUUCUAAUGCCGUUGCUAUGGCUAGUUUAGUAAAAAAUAUUUUUACACCAAAAUAA